AUGUAUGUGUUCACGGGUUCGAAAUCAUCACAGAUCGCCAUAACAACGAUGCAGUCCUUUUUGGUCAUCUUGAACAUCACCGGAAAUUUUCUGGUGUGCGUAAUUAUAAUGAAAAACGAAGACAUGAGGUAUGUGUUCCUUGAGACCUGCAAACAGCUUGCUUCGUAAAACUAUUGUGAGCACUGACUUGGAACUUUAACUUACCGGCGAGAGAGGGACACGGGUUCAGUUUUGUAGGGGUGUGCCGAUGAGGCCUUCAACUGAAACUAACAAAGACCAUUUAUUUUGCUACCCUGAGACCAAGAGACUACUUAUUUUUUAUGACCCUUAUUCAUUUCAUUUCGCUUACCGAAUUAAGUAUUUUCAAGAGAGAAUUCUCUAUUAGUAUUUUUUAAAUUAACAUGGCAUAAUUAGAUUUUUAAAAAGCGUUGGUACAGUUGGUACGGUAUAUGUCGACUGCACAGUCUGCCAACGUUGACCCUGCACUGUUCAAAAGCCUUCAGUCUCAAAGACAUCCUGUCAAUAGUAAAAGUAUAUACCCUGUUCAACCUCGUUCCCAGGGUUCUCUCCUAAGACGAGUAGGAGAUAACCCUGGGAACAGGGUUGUACCCUGUUUAAAGCUGUUUCAGCGACACAUAUCGGCAGAUCAACGGGUACCACACGGAGAGAGAAAAAAAGAGCAUUUGUGACCGAGUCGACAAAUGUCUCUCACGAACAAUGUCUUUAUCUUUCCCCUGCUGAUCGCAUUUAUUUCACUUAUUUUCCCCAGAACCUCAAUUAACUUCCUUCUCAUGAACUUAGCUGUUGCCGACAUGACCGGUGCCACGUUCUUUCUACCGCAGUUUAUUUUUCUCAGCUCUUCUGCACACCCAGAUGGAGAUUCUGGCAAGAUAUUAUGCCGAUUGGUGACGGGGGGCACCAUAGCUUACAUCGGAGGUGUUGCUUCGGUUGUCACAUUGGUUGCCAUAGCAACUGAACGUUACUAUGCAGUGAUGCAUCCCCUUGAGAACAUAGGAAAGCUUACUGAUCGCAAAAUGAAGGUGCGUUUAGCGAAUGUCGUACGUCUGAUAGCAGCGUAAAAGGGCAAGAAGCGCGGGAUGCCGGUCUGCGAAAAAAAGCACGGGCACUACGUACAUGGGACGAAACUAAACUACGAAACUACGACGGCGACGUCAAUGAAAACCUCGCUGAAAAAAAGACUCCACAUCCUUUCAAGCCAUUUCGCGAUUAUCUUAAGUCCCCCAGUUACUUAAAAGAAGGGAAUUUAAGUUGGAGCUGAAGAGAGGGGACCGCACUUAAGUUCAGAAAGAGAUGGUAGAAUUCAUCACUUUGCCGUUCCUGUUCUCUAGAAAACUUCAAAUUUUGUUAUUUCACGUCGUAGUCGAGCAGGGACGGCAAAGAAAAGAAGAAAAAGGGUGAUGCAUUUACAGAGCUGUUGUUUUGCUAACUAAACCUAUUGUAAUUUUGACGUUGCCAUUGCUGUUACCGUCGUAGUUUCGUAAGGUCCCUAGUAACGGGAGGAUACGGGAGAGUUUAGGGAAACGACAAAAGGGCUUACUUAAAGGGACACAGUCAGUUAUGGGACCGUGCUGACCUGGAAACUAGUUUUCCCAGUGAAUUUGGAAAGCGUUUACCUCAACCCGAAAUCAAAUGUACGCGUCGGAUACAUCUAGAAAUCCGCUUCAAUCUUGCCUAGUGUAUCAUUCGAUCCUCUAUCUUUUACUGAUUACCUCUUUUUGAGCAAACUUUUUCUCAUACCAUUGAAAUGGUUAAACACAGUAUCCAAAGAAGCAUAAAAAAAAGAGGUGGGAAACGUGUAGGCCCCAAGCGGGAGAAAUCGCCUUCGUUUACCAAAAUAAUAAGAGAAAUGAAUCAAUAACAUUCCAGAGCAAAACAUCGUUGUAUAUAUUUGGAAAAUCGAUGGAGACAAGUUACAAAUAUUUGCAAAAUCGAGCUUUCUCGACCUUGAAUCUUCGACGACUGAUUCAGACUUCGUGUCAUUUCUCACCCGGUUCUACUUCGAUCUACUGAUUCUUCAAAUUCGGAAGUAUUCGUGGAUGUUUGGCUUUAUAAUAAAUGGCUUUACCUCGGGUUGAGGUAAGUUAGCAAGAUGUUUUUCUGAGUUGUUUUUGUAUUAUACUUUCUUCAUUUGUCGGCGGGUAAAGUUUAUGUUUGUCUUUCCCUGAACAAGUCCAUCGGUGAAUUCUCAAUGCUAUAUGAGUGCUCUAAUAUGAGCAGGUGUGAUCUAUAAUCACGAUUUUGACUUGUAAUUAUUUCAACUCCAUACAGUUUAUUUAGAUAUUCCGGAUGGGCUUCUCACUUUCUGUUUAUAACUCACGGAUGUCCCUUCGCGAGUCUUAGCUAAAAAAUGGUAUCUAAUGCGCAUUGCAUCAGCUGACUGUGUCCCUUUAACUGUUUUUGUUUUUUCUUUUUUAGAUGAUCGUAACUUGCUCUUGGAUCUUUGGAGUGAUUAUAAACAGUCCAACCUUAAUGUUUGGUGUUUAUGACGAGAAAGAAGGUGAUUGCAUUGACGUUCACCCUGAAGAGUGGAUGGAGAAGGCCUAUUCUGUGAUUUGGUCUCUGUUCACGGCAAUUUUACCUGUUUCUUUCAUGAUUACGUUAUAUUCACGUGUCGCGUACACUUUGUGGUUCAAACGUGCAGUGCAUGAUGGAAGAGAGAUCUCUCUACAACAGGUUUGAACAAAAGUUCUUCUGCACCUGGAGCCGACCGUUUUUACUCGAAGGACCGUUGCAACGCGAAAAUAGGGACCUUACGAUCCGACAACGGUGACCUCCAUGAAAACGUCACUGAAAAUAGACUUCGCAUCCUUUCGCUUUUUUCGCGAUUAUUUCAAGGGGCCCAGUUACUUAAAAGAGGAGAAUUUUGGUUUGAGCUGAAGAGAAGGGACUGCGCCCGAGUUCUGACAGAGAUGGUAGAAUUUAUCGCCUUGCCGUUCCCGUUCCCAAGUAAACUUAAAAUUUGGUCAUUUCACGUCCUAGUUAUGGAGGAACGGCAAAGAAAUGUACAAAAAAGCGUGAUGAAUGUGCAGAGUUGCUAUUUUGCUCAUUAAACCUAUUGUUUUUUUGACGUUCCUGUUGCCGUCGCCGUCGUAGUUUCGUAAGGUCCGACUUGUCGGAGCGGCGCUCAUUUAAAACGUUUUGUUUGUGAAAAACAUCGUACACCAUCGCAUGGGAAAACCGGUCGGCUCACGGUUUGGGUGAAUGGUACGCAAAGUCCAGGACUGGUAAAUUUCGUUCCGGAAUCGUGUUAACCAUUUCUUUUACCGAAAAACGGUCGCGAAAGCCUGGAACUGGUAUCAAAGAUGGGUUUCAAAGAAUGGUACUCAAAUUACUGCUUGGAAUAUUCCAUCCGGAAAAACAGGACUACUUUCACAGAUGGCCGUUGUUCCCGUAAUUUUUCCGCUGCAACUCAAAAAGGCGUGUUGCGCUUACUUUCCAACCGGAUUUUUUGGUUAACAACCUCAAUUUUUUGGUUUUGUCGAUCCUAUCCUUACCCGGUCGUGUAAAAGUCAUAAGCCGUCCCGUGAGGCCAAAUGACCUGACCGCGCGGUUGCAGGGACACCGGGAUGAGUCCACCUGUAGAAAAUCUCUCCGGAAAAGCCUAAUUUUGGUGAAUCCCGCUUCCAGGGAGGCGUCCAAAUCCCGUCAACAACAUAAAUUUUGCGUUUUCCCGAAUCCCGCAUUAUGUUUCGCUCAAAUUCGGGAUCCCGAGGGUACCCUUCCAGACCCUGUAUACAGCGAACAAUACAGCUGCUUGAAUUCACCACUCUUUUACCUAUUCUUCCACAGGGCGUGCUGAGGGUACGAAAGCGAGUCACCUUGAUGGCUAUCACUGUUAGUGUCAUCUUUGGAGUAUGCUGGCUUGCUGACGCUAUUAGCUGGAUCCUAACCUCCUUUUCCUCUCACUAUGCCAGCAGUGAUAUGUCAUAUAUAGCCACUAGCACAUUGAUCUUGUUCAACUCGGCUAUUAACCCAAUUGUAUAUGCUUUAGUUAAUCAGAAAUUCAGGGCCAAGAUCAAGUCAACUGUCAGCUGCCCUUGCAGUGUGACCCGAAAACUGCAAUUAACGGACGUUCGAGUAGGAUGUAAUGCUGAGGCCUUCGAACACUCACCUUAUUUGGCAGCAGUUAUCAGAAUUCCGGAAAACAAAAUUUCCAAUGCUCGGGCACUGAGUGCAGAAUGUAUAGCCAUCUAAUUAAGGGUAGAACCGUUAUAUCAGCCUAUAAAGAAGAUGAACCUUUUCACAAAUUGAAUUAAUUAUAUCAAGUAGGAGCCACCUUAAAAUUUCAGGACUGCCUGCUAUGAUUCAAGCAGACCCUUGUUAAACCCUUCAACCUAGUUAUUUCUUUUAAAAAGUUUUUGAUGUUUGGUCCGUCCUCCUAAAGAUGGUUACAAGAUAAAGCUUCCUACACUACAGGUUUUGAACCAACAUGAAAAGAUUGUGGCUUAAAAAGAGUUUGGACUUGAAUUACACAAAGGUGCACGUAGUUGGAGAGGCGGAGGGGGUAAAUGUCAGUAAAAAUUUGGUCUUUGAAAGUUAAUUACAAAUAGCUGCUUGACUGUUGCUGCCCGUACAGGGCAGCCACUUAUUUUUGUCUUGAAAGCGUCUGACAACUCGAUUUGCCGGGGAAGUUUGUUUCGCUGUUUCAGUUAGCAGGUUCCAGUCCCCGCCGCCUAAAGUCAAGUAAAAUGGCGGCCAAACUUUGAGCGCUAAGAAAGUGAAAGUCUAUGAUUCUUUCUCAACACGCUUUAACCCAUUGACACCCAGGAUGCUUUUCGUUCCAUGAGCCCAAACAGUAAUCGGCUGUUUAUCGCCGUGGACCGCGAACACAAUCGAUGACAUUAUGUCACGAGAAGACAAUUUUUUUCAAAACAGCCUAGACAAUCAACUCAGCGGAAUCAUUUUUAACAGACAACCUUUCUAUUGGGCAUUAUUGCUAAGACAGAGGGCAUUCACCCAACAGUAUCGAUAUUGUUAAGACAGGGCAUUCACCCGACAACACAAAGGGCAUUUACCAGCCAGUAUUAAUGUUGUUAAGACAGUGGCUGAUUCACCCAGUAGUAUUGAUAUUGUAAAGACUGUGGGCAUGAUUCAACCGACAGUUGCAAUGUUCUUGCGACAGUGGCAUUUACCUGGUAGCAUCAAUAUUGUUAAGACAAUGAGCAUUCACCCGGGGGUAUUAAUAUUGUAAAGACAAUGGGCAUGAUUCACCCGGCAGUAUCAAUAUUUUAAGACAUUGGGCAUUCACCUGGCAGAAUUGAUAUUGUCACGACAGUGGGCAUUCACCCGGCAGUGGCAUUAACAUUUUAAAGACAGUAGGCAUUCAUUUGGCAGUGUUGAUGCUGUAAGGACGGCGGUGGGCAUUUACACCCAACAAGUAUUAAUAUUGUAAAGACAGUGGACAUUCACUCGACAGUCAGGGGGCAUUCACCCAACAGUACCGAUAUCGUUAAGACAAAGGGCAUUCAACCGACAGUAUUAAUAUUGUAAAGACAGUGGGCAUGCAUUCUGCCCUGCAGUUUUAAUAUUGCAAGGACAGUGGGUAUUCACCCGACAGCAUGAAUAUAAUUUUUAAGCCAGAGGACAGUCACUCGACAGUAUUAAUAGUCUGUCAAAACAAUGGAUAUUUACCAGAUCGUAAUAUAAGCUUAAAGACAAUUGGCAUUUACCAGGUAUUAUUGACAGUGUAACUGCAUGUAACUGUACUGGAAAAUUGCGGGUAACCGGCCCUACGUCUUACACUCCAUGUGAUAAGUUAAGGUUUUAAUUAAGUAUCUUACCCAGUUUUGUUAAAUAAUAAACAGUUCUCAACGUGCAUCGAAUUUUAUUGUACGCAGAAUUGUUCUUUUCUUAUCAUAAGCUGUAUUCUUUUCAUUAAGGGCGCAAUAUUUAAACCAAACGUAAUAAGAGAGUUAUGAUGUUUUGAAAAUAUCUUCUAAAGAGCGCUUGAGGAAUCUGGGUGAAUAUCCAAAUCUUCAAACGGCUGCCUGCGACGCUUGUGGCAAAGCUCAAUCAAAAAUUACGUUUUGCCUUAGUCGAAAAAAGACAAAAUGACGUACAGGUGACCCAGAAGGCGUCGCGUGUCCCGUCCCCGUUGCAACUGCUGAAAAAAGCCGAUCAUUUAAAUGACACACUAGCGUAGUGUUCGUGAUAAACUCAGAGCUCGUUAUGCAGGUCAGGAGGCAACAUCCUUGUGCAAUAGGCCACUUCCGAGUUCCAAAAACCCUCACUUUCAAAAUGAGGCUAGGUACACAACCUUUCUUGUGAAAAUGAGUUUUAUUUGCAUGACAAUGAAAAAUGAUUUCCAUAUCAAAGGCUGAGCACCUACCUUUCUGACUGGCUCAAAUCCCCCGGCUAAUUCUUCAUAACCAGCUUGCGUUGACCAAAUUUGGAAGAUGCAAACAUUGAUUUCAUUGUAUAUUUGACUGGAAACGAGGCUGCUUAGACAACAUACAUCGGUCAACCUCGUUUCCAGACGCAGCCGCCUAGCUGUUUAUUUACACGCGAGAACUAAGAAAGAGCGAAAUAGCUGAAUUUCUGACUAAAACUGAUAACGGAAGAUAACGGAUAAUGGAAGAAAACGCUAAACAUGUUGUUCGAUAGAUGUUAUCUACUUUAUGAGGAGUACAUGUAUCUACAGGAAAAAAAGAACCUGUUUAUAUCCUGAAACUGUGCCAAUAAAAAGUCUUCGAGGACGGGGUCAGUGGAUAACAUUCUCUUCGAUCUGCGUAGUUAUUCACAUCAUACCAAAUUCAAUAUAAUUGUUAAAUAUGGCUGCAAAGGUAACUGCUCACUCGUAAUUAAACCGAACCUGCAUGAUUGAUUUUCCACUUUUAAUUAAUGUCUGUGUUUUCACAGAAAAAAGUGUGAAAGAGUGCGUCAAAUUUGUCUUGAACCCAAUAUAAUGGGCGCAAUGACAUGUUUACAUGCUGUUUUUGUUUAAUCAAUAUUAUUAGACGAGAAGUCUUUGGCUGUUUAAGCUUGAAUAAAAAUAGAAUUUUUAAAAAUUAGCGGCAUGCCACUGGUGUUGGCGACUCUCCUGCGGUUUUUCGCGAAAAAAAGGUGACAGGGGGUGUUUGACGAUCGAAAACAGGUGCACGCCUCCAGUGCAUCUGCGCCGGCCAAUUUUGUAAUUUGGGUCAACUGGAAUCGGUUUGAUAAUCUGCUGGGCUGCUUAUGAAUCUACUUGAACUGAACUAAACUACUUCAGUUAAUUGACGUGUGAUAUCUUCUAGCUGGCUACACGUAGGCUACUAAUCGGGGACACCUUCAUUAAGGUAUUCUUACUAAGGCAGCCGGCAAGACAAUCCACGGUAAUAUAUAACAAGGAUAUCCUUCAGAUAUCCUUUCCCAAAUCUGUGGUUUAUCUGUUUAGGUACGUCACUUCUCUGUCGCUUUGUAUAUUCGUCAACAAGAGUCUCGAAACGGGUUCCUACCCUUUCAUAUAUGAAAGGGUAGGAAAAUCUGUCAUUUUGGUAAGCAUACUUUGCAGACCAAAAUGACAGAUUGACUGAGGAACUAAAAGGACCAACAGAAGGAUUUUAUGGCUGUGAAAAAGUUGAGAAAUUUCCUGGUUUGAUGACUUAUCCCUAAUCAAAAGACAUUGCAUUUACAGCAGUUGUAAGAAAUGCAGCAAUCUAAACUACGUAGGUACGUGAAGGGGGUACCAUUUGUCAAUGGGUGGUAUAUGAAAGGGGUUCAUUAUCUGUCAAAAAUGUUACUAAAAGGGUAAGGGGUUGGACCUCAGGGCCGACACUCCCCGUAUAAAACUGUGUUGAGUACCCCCCGGGACAAAGAUUGGAAAAUUAAAGAUAAAUAAGUGAGGAAGUUACUGACAUAUUAGUCUUUGUUGCGUUUAAAAGUAAGAUGCCAUAAAAAUCUUACUUAAAUUUCAAAGAAAUGUGGCUAUAUUACAAUUUCUUUCACUUCAUGGGAUUCUGACUCUAUUUGGCAUGAAACCAGUAAGGAAAACAGACGCCAACAACAUUAAAGAUAGCAAUUUAAGAUUCCCUGUUGAAACAAAAUAAACAAAUCCGCAGGGGAUUUUUUAAAGAAAACAUUUGAUAAUUAUUUUAAAGAAAAUAACGCAAAAUAAAACUUUCAUCUAGCUGUUACUGGGUGAGCAGCGGUUUUUUCGCUUUAACAGACAGUAGCAAAAAAAGUUUGUCACCAAGGGAAGAGUCGAAGCAGGCUACCAGUUCCUUUCUGUCUUCAGUUAAAAAAAGUCCGGAAGAUUCAACGCUGUCCAGAAGGUAUGGGAUUGUCAAGGCUGGGGACCUUUCGAUCGAAAAGAAUCAUUUGAACUUAACAAAACUGUUAAAUGGGAAUCGACCUAACUUCGAAAGCUAUGUAUGUUUUCACGGGUUCUAAAGCAUCACAGAUCAUCAUAACAACGUUGCAGUCCAUUUUGGUCAUCUUGAACAUCGGCGGGAACUCGCUGGUGUGCGCAGUUAUAGUAAAGAACCAAGACAUGAGGUAUGUGUGCCUUGAGACCUGCAAACAGCUUUCUUCGUCAAACCACUGUGACCACUGACUUGGUAGGGGGGUGCCGCUGGGGCGUUCAACUGAAACUGGCAAAAACCAUUCUGAUUUUGCUACCCUCACUGUAAUUUUCAGGGAGUUAUAAUAACUCCUCUAGUGGGGCUAAUUUAACUCCUUACAGUGGAGUUAUUUUUCGUGGAGUAAUUUUAACUCCAAAAAGGAGUUUAAAAACUCUUUUUCAGGAGUAAAAGUCACCCCAGAUAUUGAGGAGUUAAAAUAACCCCAAAAAAGGAGUUAUCCUGUACCUAAAAUUUUUACUCCACUUUCAGAGUUAAAUUAAUUCCAAAAAGAGUAAAAACAACCCAUGUAAGGAGUACAAGUAACCCCAUUUCGGAGUGAUUUUAACUCCAGACUGGGAGUAAAAAGAACUCUUUUUCAGGAGUAAAAAUGACCCCGAAUUCGGAGUUAAAUUAGGAGUUAAAAUAACCCCAAAAAAGGGGUUAUCCUGUACCUAAAAUUUUUACUCCAUUUUUGGAGUUAUAAUAACUCCCUAAAAAUUACGGUGCUGAGACGCAGCGACUAUUAUUUAUGACCCUUAUUCGUUUCAUUUCGCUCACCGAAUUAAUUAUUUUUUAAAUUAACAUGGUAGAAUUGGAUUAUUAAAAAGCGUUGGUACCACGUUGGUACGGUUAAUGUAGACUGCGCCGUCUGCUAAAGUCGACCCUGCACUGUUCAAGGGCCUUCGUUCUCAAAGACAUCCUGUCAAUAGUAAAAGUAUAUACCCUGUUCAACCUUGUUCCCAGGGUUCUCUCCUACGACGAGUAGGAGAGACCCCUGGGAACAGGGUUGUAGCCUGUUUAAACUGUCGUUUAAAGCUGUUUCAGCGAUACAUAUCGGCAGAUCAACGGGUACCACACAGAGAGAAAAAAAAAAGAACAUUUGUGUCCGAGUCGAGAAAUAUCUUUCACCAAUAAUGUCUUUAUCUUUCUCCUGCCGAUACUUAAAGGAUAUUGAUACCAUGAACAGACUUUAUUGUAGUCUUGUGAGACCUUUAUUAGAAUAUUCAUGCGAAACUUGGAACCCUCAUACUAAAUGUAACCUUGAUAAAUUGGAGGCUGUUCAGCGAAGAGCUACCAGAUGGAUCACUAGGUCUGAUGAUGAUUAUGAUACUAGACUAUCUAAGCUAAAAUUGUUGUCAUUAUCUAAUGGGAGGUUCACGAUAGAUGUUACAUUUUUAAUCUAAUUAAUGGACAUUAUGAUAUUGACAUUUCAAUAUUUAAUAGCUAAUAUUUUGUAAGGACAGAAAUACAGGUUAUAACUUGAGGAAAAGUGACACACAGGACCUUGUUCCAAAUUUUAGUAGAACUGAUGGUUUUAAAUAUAGUUUUUUUAACCGUGUUAUAGAUGAAUGGAAUGGUUUACCCAGUCAUAUUAGAGAAUCAAAAAGUAUCGCAACUUUUAAAAAGAAAUGUUUUAAGCUUUACUAAGAAUAACUUACUAGAACAUUUAUAUUUCUAUUUGUAUAUAUUUUUCUUAUAUUUUAAUUAGUGGGGACAUCCCUAGUAUGGCGCGUUGGCGCUUUUGGUUGUCUCCUUCUCCACAACUUUUUGUUUUUCUUAUAGUAGUGUUAGCUUAUUUCAUUUCAUUAUUUGCUUGUAAUAUAGUGGAGUGAAUCUGUAAUAAAUCUGUAAUAAAAAUCUGUGGCGCGAAAUAAAUAAAUUUAUUUUCGAGUGAGUUAUUUCUCCAAAAAAGAACUUCAAUUAACUUUUUUUAUUAUAUAGACAAAAUCCAUCGAUAAAAUAAUGAAAACUUAGUCAUGUUGCCGACAUGAAAUUAAACCGCGGGUCCCACGUUAUUUUCAGUACGUGUGUAUAUAAUAAAUAAAAUUUCACUUUUUCCUCAGAACUCCUCUCCCAUGAACUUAGCUGUUGCCCAUGAUGAUGAGACUGGCAACCCAGAUUAGUCUGGCCGAUUGCCGAUUAGUGACGGGGGCAGCCUUGGCUUAUAUCGGAGCUGUUGCUUCGGUUGUCACGUUGGUUGCCAUAGCAACUGAACGUUACUAUGCAGUGGUGCAUCCCUAUGAGAACAUAGGAAAGCUUACUGAUCGCAAAAUGAAGGUGCGUUUAGGGAAUGUCGUACGUCUACGUACGGAACUACGUACAGGGACCUUACGAAACUACGACGGCGACGUCAAUGAAAACCUCGCUGCAAAAAAGACUCCGAAAAUCGAUGGAGACAAGUUACAAAUAUUUGCAAAAUCGCUCUUUCUUGACCUUGAAUCUUCGACGACUGAUUCAGACUUCGUGUCAUUUCUCACCCUGUUCUACUUCGAUCUUCUAAUUCUUCGAAUUCGGAAGUGUUCGUGGAUGUUUGGCUUUCCCUGAACAAGUUCAUCGGUGAAUUCUCAAUGGUCUAUGAAUGCUGUGAUAUGAGCACAUAUGAUCUAUAAUCACGACUUUGACUUGUAAUUAUUUCAACUCCCUAAAGUUUAUUUAGAUAUUCCGGAUGGGCUUCUCGCUUUCUGCUAAUAAUUCACGCGUGUCCCUUCGCGUGUCUUACUAAAAUAUGGUAUCUAAUGCGCAUGUGCAUCAGCUGACUGUGUCCCUUUAACUGUUUUGUUUUUUGUUUUCUUGUUUUUGUUUUUGUUUUUCUCUUUUAGGUGAUCGUAACUUGCUCUUGGAUCGUUGGAGUGAUUUUAAACAUUCCAACCUUAAUGUUUGGUGAUUAUGACAAGAAAGAAGGUGAAUGCCUCGACGUUCACCCUGAAGAGUGGAUGGAGAAGGCCUAUUCUGUGAUUUGGUCUCUGUUCACGGCAAUUUUACCUGUUUCUUUCAUGAUUACGUUAUAUUCACGUGUCGCGUACACUUUGUGGCUAAAACGUGCAAUGCAUGAUGGAAGAGAGAUCUCUGUACAACAGGUUUGAACAAAAAUUCUUCUGCACCUUAAACCGGUGCCGUUUUUACUCGAAGGACCCUUGCAGCGAGAAAAUUUUCCCACUUGUCGGAGUGGCGCUCUUGUAAUUUUCACUAGCCUUGAUCAUGUGCGCUAAACGACCCUAAACUAAGGAUGUGUUAGGUGUAAGCAGGUCCGCUCUAUUUAUGAAGCGCUUUUAUUGGGGUUGACAGCCUCGUAUAUGUACAGGGUCAGAAAGGGGGGUAUUAAUCCCCACUUCCCGGUUCUUUUUCACGACAAUUGGGCAUCCCAAACUGCUGUCAUGAUCUCCAAGAUUUUGGUAAAUCCCGCAUUAAGAGUGGCGUCCAAAUCCCGUCAACAUCAGAAAUUUUGCGUUUUCCCGAAUCCCGCAAUAUAUUUCGCUCAAAUUCCCGAUCCCGAGAGUACCUUUCCAGACCCUGUAUACAGGUAACAAUACAGGUGCUUAAAUUCACCACUCUUUCACAUAUUCUUCCACAGGGCGUGCUGAGGGUACGAAAGCGAGUCACCUUGAUGGUUAUCACUGUUAGUGUCAUCUUUGGAGUAUGCUGGCUUGCUGACACGAUUAGCUUCAUCCUAACCUCUUUUUCUUCUCACCAUACCAGCAGUGAUAUGUCAUAUAUAGCCACUGGCACGUUGAUCUUGUUCAACUCGGCUAUUAACCCAAUUGUAUAUGCUUUAGUUAACCAGAAAUUCAGGGCCAAGAUCAAGUCAACUGUCAGCUGCCCUUGCAGUGUGACCCGACAACUGCAAUUAACGAACGUUCGAGUAGGAUGUAAAGCUGAGGCCUUCGAACACUCACCUUAUUUGGCAGCAGUUAUCAGGAUUCCGGAAAAUAAAAUUUGCAAUGCCCACGCACUGAGUGCAGAAUGUAAAGCCAUCUAAUUAAGGGUAGAACCGUAAUAUCAGCCUAUAAAGAAGACGAACCUUUUCACAAAUUGAAUUAAUUAUAUCAAGUAGGAGCCACCUUAAAAUUUCAGGACUGCCUGCUAUGAUUCAAGCAGACCCUGUUAAACCCUUCAACCUAGUUAUUUAUUUUAAAAAGUUUGUGAUGUUUGGUCCGUCCUCCUAAAGAUGGUUACAAGAUAAAGUUCCUAUACUACAGGUUUUGCACCAACAUGAAAAGAUUGUGGCUUAAAAAGAGUUUGGACACACAAGGGUGCACGAAGUUGGAGAGGGGGAGGAGGGUAAAUGUCAGUUAAAAUUUGGUCUUUGCCAGGUAAUGAUAAAUAGUUGCUUGAUUGUUGCUGCCCGCACAGUGAAAAGGUAGUUUUGAUCCCUAUAAUUUUCGGAUCACUAAACUUUCAGCUAGGAAAUCCGAACAGAUGAAAAAUUUUUAGGGGAUAAAAAUAUGCCUAUAUCUACCGUUUAAAUGCUAAAAUACGCUUAACAAUGCUAUGUUUAAGUGGUUUUGAACUAUAUUUUCGUUGGGUGCCCCUGGCGUAAAGUAAAGUAAAAUGGCGGCUAAACUUUCAUCCGAGAAUUUUGUGAGCGCUAAGAAUGUGAAAGUCUACGAUUCUUUCUCAACACGCUUUAACCCAUUGACACCCAGGACGCUUUUCGUUCCAUGAGCAUAAAAACAGUAAUCGGCUGUGGAUCACGAACACAGUCGAUGAAAUUUUGUCACGGGGAGACAAUUUGUUUCAAAUCGGCCUAGAAUAUCAACUCAGCAGAAUUGUUUUUAACAGAUAAUCUUCCUGUAGUUCACUACUUUUUCUAACGAGGUGAAUGAAGCAACGAGGCGAACAAACUGAAUUAUAAUUGACGUCAUAGUUUGCCCACGGCAGGCAACGUUUCGAAUGAACGGCAAGCGAAUUGCUUACCGAGCUGGGCAAACUGAAUUAAGCUUUUCCUGUUCAUUUAAAAUACUUAUUUGUACUGAUCUUUUAAGGAACCAGCUUACAGAUGAUUUUGUAAAUGCUUCUAAGAUGAGUAUUGUAAUUAGAAGUAUGCUUUAAAAGUUAAGUGUUGUAAUUAGUUAAAUAUUGCAAUUCGGUAAUAAUUGUAAAUAAUGAUUGUUCAUUUGGGAAGUAGACAAUAAAGGAUGCAUGGAUGCUAUUAACGUUUGCACCAUAGUGUUGGUUGAUGCGCUAAAUCCAUUAAAAAUAACAAACGGAUAUGCUCAUAACAUGAAAAUAACCAAAAAGCGGAGCUUUAUGUAAGUAAAACCGAACGUUUUGGAACGUGCAUGGCGUUUUUUACGACAAUGACACACACAAGGCACACAGUGAGGAUGCGUUUUGCACCCACUGCAUUACGUAGAUGUAUAUUAAGCCACCUUCCACACUUGUUCUUUCCCUUGACCUAGCGUUUGUUUUCACGCCAUUCAACCAAGUGCCAACAGAACCAUGAAGCAUUACACUGACACUCCCCUUUUUUUCAUAGUUAACCCCCCGUCAGCAUCAAAACCAAGUUUUCUUGAUCUUCUGCCCACAGUGGCAGACCAACGUGUCUUUAUCCCCAACUUGGUAUGAGAAUCCCUACCACCUCCUACCCUGUAACCCAGCAAACUCACAGCCGCCCCGUCCCGCCCCUCUCCAGCCACUGCCAGCGAGCACAGGUGAUGCUGGACGAUUUUCCCAAGGGAUCUAAUGGGAGGUUAGAAUCUUAUCGAUGUCGGUUAUAUCCUACGUUCAUAUGCCUCAACAGCAAGUGGAAAUGAUGCCCGAAGUUCCCAUUAAUACCAAGAGCAAAAGUAGGUUGAGUUUGAUCGUCCGGGUGAACGUAGUCCUGAAUAGGACUGUUGUUGUUGACAAUGACCGACGUUUCGACAACCUGUGCGGUAGUCAUCUUCAGAGUCAAAGAGGCCAAAAUCAGGCCAUCACAUUUGCCAGCGAGCACAGGCGAUGCUGGACGAUUUUCCCAAGGGAUCUAAUGGGAGGUUAGAAUCUUAUCGAGGUCGCUUAUAUCCUACGUUCAUAUGCCUCGACAGCAAGUGGAAAUGAUGCCCGCAGUUCCCAUUAAUACUAAGAGCAAAAGUAGGUUGAGUUUGAUCGUCCGAGUGAACGUAGUCCUGAAUAGGACUGUUGUUGUUGACAAUGACCGACGUUUCGACAACCUGUGCGGUAGUCAUCUUCAGAGUCAAAGAGGCCAAAAUCAGGCCAUCACAUUUGAGUUUGGCCUUUUAGGCCUGAUUUUGGCCUCUUUGGCCUUUUCGAGGGAAAACAACAGAAAUGAGGAGGAAGAGGAGGAGGAGGGAAAAAAAUAAAAAUGAGAAGGAGGAAGAGGAGGAGGAGGUGGUGGUGGCGGAGGGAAAACAAUAGAAAUGUAGAGGUGGCGGUGGUGGUGGUUGUGGAGUGGAUAAAAAAAAAAAAAAAGAAAUGAGGAGGGAAACGUAGUGGUGGUCCUUUCUUGGUGGUGGUGGUGGAGGGAAAACAAUAGAAAUGUGGAGGAGGAGGGAAGAUAAUAAAAUUGUGGAGAAGGGAAUAAAAAAAAAAGAAAAAAAAUGAGGAGGGAAACGUAGUUUAAAAAAAAGAUAGCUCCCUUUCUUUGACUAUUUUAAUAGAUUCCGUCUUAAUCACUGAGUAUUUUACACUUUUUGCAAUUAUUAAAUUUCUUGUGUCUUAAUAAACGUGUCUGGUUUUAUCGCGAGCGAUUAUUAGUCGCGUGUUUCAAUUGAUCUUUGUUAAGUUAUUAAUUGGUUUGUUUUUGUGUGUUUUUAUAAUAAUACGUCAAGAUGCUCCCUUGGGUUUUUUAAUGCAGAGCUAAUUUGUAUGAACUCGCAUAAUUACCUGACUAACGGCGCGUGAAACGCUGAGACUGUAAUAGUUUUUCAUUUCCUCGAGACAGAAAGGAGAAAACGGUUUUGUAAUAGUAAGACAAAAUUGAAAUGGAGAGUUUUCAGCUCCACUUCGUGUAUAUGUGCGUGUGUUUUGUAUAUAUUUCCGAGUUUUAGCGCUAAAUAAGGAGACGUAAACUAAACUGAAAUAAAGACUUUUCAACUCAACUUUCUGUUUGUGUUUUGUUUAUAUAUAUGAGUUUUAGCGCUAAAUAAGAUAUAGAAAGCCGUUUCUCGAGUUGCUAGGUCUGAAAACCGGGCUCAAGUUACUUCACGAGCAAACCGAGGCAAGCCUAUUGUGCCUAUUGUAGUAUUCGCUCAUUAGUAAACUUAUACCGAAUUAGUAUGCAGGAAGACAGUUAUACGUAUUAAUAAAGGGAAUCCACUUUUUGCGAGGGAAUCCAAAGGGAAUCCACCAACGGGGCUUAAUUUUGCUUAAGCAUAACUACUAACCUGAAAGAUAGAUUUUCCACUUUUAAUUAAUGUCUGUGUUUUCACAGAAAAAAGUGUGAAAGACUGCGUCAAAUUUGUGUUGAACCUAGUGUAAUGGGCGCAAUGACAUGUUUGCAUGCUUUUUCUGUUUAAUCAAUAUUAUUAGACGAGAAGUUUUAAGCUGUUUAAUCUUGAAUAAGAAGAGUAUUUUUAAAAAUUAGCGGCAUGUCAUCUGGUGUUGGCGACUCUCCUGCGGUUUUUCGCGAAAAAGGGUGACAGGGGGUGUUUGACGAUCGAAAACAGGUGCAUGGCUCCAGUGCAUCUGCGCCGGCCAAUUCUGUAAUUUGGAUAAACUGGAAUCGGUUUGAUAAUCUGCUGGGCUGCUUAUGAAUCUACUUGAACUGAACUAAACUACUUUAGUUAAUUGACGUGUCAUAUCUUCUAGCUCCGGCUACAAGUAGGCUACUAAUCUGUACGUCACUUCUCUCUCGCUUCGUAUAUUCGUCAACAAGGGCCCCGGGUUGGGAAGGGAGGUAGUACGUAAGAUGGCUUACACGGGAUCCAAACAGGUUCCUACCUUUUCAUGUAUGAACGGGUAGGAAAAUCUGUCAUUUUGGUAAGUAUACUUUGCAGACCAAAAUGACAGGUUGACUGAGGAACUAAAAGGAACAACAGAAGGAUUUUAUGGCUGUGAAAAAGUCGAGAAAAUUUCCUGGUUUGAUGAUUUAUCCAUAAUCAAACGACAUUGCAUUUACAGCAGUUGUAAGGAAUGCAGCAAUCUAAACUACGUCGGUACGUGAAGGGGGUACCAUUUGUCAAUGGGUGGUAUACGAAAGGGGUACAUUAUCUGUCAAAAAUGGUACUAAAAGGGUAAGGGGUUGGACCUCAGGGCCCACACUCCCCGUAUAAAACUUUGUUGAGUACCCCCCGGGACAAAGAUUGGAAAAUUAAAGAUGAAUAAGCGAGGAAGUUACUGACAUAUUAGUCUUUGUUGUGUUUAAAAGUAAAAUGCUAUAAAAAUCUUUCUUAAAUUUCAAAGAAAUGUGGCUAAAUUAUAGUUUCCUUCACUUCAUGGGAUGCUGACUCUAUUUGGCAUGAAACUAGUAAGGAGAACAGACGCCACUAACAACAUGAAAGAUGACAAUUUAAGAUUCCCUGUUGAAACAAAAUAAACAAAUCCGCAGGGGCUUUUGUACAAGAAAACAUUUGAUGAUUAUUUUAAAGAAAAUAACGCAAAUUAAAACUUUCAUCUAGCUGUUACAAAGGUGAGCCGCGGCUUUUUCGCUUUAACAGACAGUAGCAAAAAAGGUUUGUCACCAAGGGAAGAGUCGAAGCAGGCUACCAGUUCCUUUUCGUCUUCACUUAAAAAAAUCCGGAAGAUUCAACGCUGUCCAGAAGGUAUGGGAUUGUCGAGGCCGAGGACCUUUUAAUCGAAAAGAAUCAUUUGAACAAAUUGUAACAGGCUGAACCUUUCCUCACCAGAUGAGACAAAACUAUUAAGUGGGAAUCGACCUAACUUCGAAAGCUAUGUAUGUUUUCACGGGUUCUAAAGCAUCACAGAUCGCCAUAACAACGAUGCAGUGCUUUUUGAUCAUCUUGAACAUCGGCGGGAACUCGUUGGUGUGCGCAGUUAUAAUAAAGAACCAAGAUAUGAGGUAUGUGUUCCUUGAGACUUGAAAACAGCUUUCUUCGUAAAACUAUUGUGACCACUGACUUGGAACUUUAACUUAUCGGUGAGAGAUGGAGACGGGUUCAGUUUGGUAGGGUGUGCCGCUGAGGCCUUCGAUUGAAACUGGCAAAAACCAUUCUGAUUCUGCUGCCCUGAGACCAAGAGUCUAUUUUUUAUGACCCUUAUUCAUUUCAUUUCGCUUACCGAAUCAAGUAUUUUUUAAAUUAACAUGGUAGAAUUAGACUUUUAAAAAGCGUUGGUACCGUUGUUACGGUAAAUGUAGACUGCGCUGGGAACAGGGUUGUACCCUGUUUAAAGCUGUUUCAGCGACACAUAUCGGCAGAUCAACGGGUACCACACGGAGAGAGAAAAAAAGAGCUUUUGUGACCGAGUCGACAAAUAUCUUUCACGAAUAAUGUCUUUAUCUUUCUCCUGCUGAUCGCAUUUAUUUCACUUAUUUUCCCCAGAACCUCAAUUAACUUCCUUCUCAUGAACUUAGCUGUUGCCGACAUGACCACUGCCACGUUCUUUCUACCUCAGUUUAUUUUUCUCAGCUCUUCUGGCCACCCAGAUGGAGAGUCUGGCAAGAUAUUAUGCCGAUUGUUGACGGGGGGCACCAUAGCUUACAUCGGAGGUGUUGCUUCGGUUGUCACAUUGGUUGCCAUAGCAACUGAACGUUACUAUGCAGUGAUGCAUCCCCUUGAGAACAUAGGAAAGCUUACUGAUCUCAAAAUGAAGGUGCGUUUAGCGAAUGUCGUACGUCUGAUAAAGUAGUAGAGUAAAAAGGCAAGAAGCGCGGGAUGCCUACAUGUAGUCUCCCUCUUGGCGGUUACGCAUGCCUCCGAGGUCUGCGAAAAAAAGCUCGGGCACUACGUACAGGGACGAAACUAAACUACGAAACUACGACGGCGACGUCAACAAAAACCUCGCUGGAAAAAAGACUCCGCAUCCUUUCAAGCCCUUUUCCGAUUAUCCCAAGUCGCCCAGUUACUUAAAAGAAGGGAAUUUAAGUUAGAGCUGAAGAGAGGGGACCGCACUCGCGCGAGUUCAGACCGAGACGGUAGAAUUCAUCACCUCUCCGUUCCUGUUCUCAAGAAAACUUAAAAGUUUGUUAUUUCACGUCGUAGUCGAGCAGGGACGGCAAAAAAAAAAGAGCAAAAAGGGUGAUGCAACUUACAGAGCUGUUGUUUUGCCAACUAAACCUAUUGUUUUUUGACGUUGCCAUUGCUGUUACUGUCGUAGUUUCGUAAGGUCCCUAGUAACGGGAGGAUACGGGAGAGUUUAGGGAAACGACAAAAGGGCUUACUUAAAGGGACACAGUCAGUUAUGGGACCGUGCUGACCUGGAAACUACUUUUCCCAGUGAAUUUGGAAAGCGUUUACCUCAACCCGAAAUCAAAUACACGCGUCGGAUACAUCUAGAAAUCCGCUUCAAUCUUGCCUAGUGUUUCAUUCGAUCCUCUAUCUUUUACUGAUUACCUCUUUUUGAGCAAACUUUUUCUCAUACCAUUGAAAUGGUUAAACACAGUAUCCAAAGAAGCAUGAAAAAAAGAGGUGGGAAACGUGAAUCAAUAACAUUCCAAAGCAAAACAUCGUUGUAUAUAUUUGGAAAAUCGAUGGAGACAAGUUACAAACACCUGCAAAAUUUAUUCCAGAUGGGCCUCUCACUCUCUGUUUAUAACUCACUGAUGUCCCUUCGCGUGUCUUAACUUAAAAAUGGUAUCUAAUGCGCAUGUGCAUCCGCUGACGGUGUUCCUUUAACUGCUUUGUUUUUGUUUUUUCUUUUUUAGGUGAUCGUAACUUGCUCUUGGAUCUUUGGAGUGAUUAUAAACAGUCCAACCAUAAUGUUUGGUGUUUAUGACGAGAAAGAAGGUGAUUGCAUUGACGUUCACCCUGCAGAGUGGAUGGAGAAGGCUUAUUCUGUGAUUUGGUCUCUGUUCACGGCAAUUUUACCUGUUUCUUUCAUGAUUACGUUAUAUUCACGUGUCGUGUACACUUUGUGGUUCAAACGUGCAGUGCAUGAUGGAAGAGAGAUCUCUGUACAACAGGUUUGAACAAAAAUUCUUCUGCACCUUGAGCCGGUACCGUUUGUACUCGAAGGACCGUUGCAGCGCGAAAAUACGGACCUUAUGAUCCGACAACGGUGACCUCGAUGAAAACGUCGCUGAGAAAUAGGCUUCGCAUUCUUUCGCUAUUUUUCGCGCUUAUUUCAAUGGUCCCAGUUACUUAAAAGAAGAGAAUUUUGGUUAGAGCUGAAGAGAAGGGACCGCGCCUGAGUUCUGACAGAGAUGGUAGAAUUUAUCUCCUUGCAGUUUCCGUUCGCAAGUAAACUUAAAAUUGGGUCAUUUCACGUCCUAGUUAUGCAGGGACGGUAAGAAAUGUACGAAAAAGCUUGCUGCACGUGCAGAGUUGUCAUUUUGUUCGUUAAACCAAUUGCUUUUUUGGCGUUCCUGUUGGCGUCGCCGUCGUAGUUUCGUGAGGUCCUUAUUUUCCGACUUGUCGGAGCGACGCUCAUGUAAAACGUUUUGUUUGUGAAAAACAUCGUACUCCAUCGCAUGGAAAAACCGGUCGGUUUACGGUUUGGCUGAAUGGUAAGCAAAAUCCAGGACUGGAAAAUUUCGUUCCGGAAUCGUGUUAACCAUUUUCACAAAUCAGUUCCUUUUACCGAAAAACGGUCGCGAAAGCCUGGAUUUGGUAUUAAAAUUUCCGGAAUCCCGCUUUAUAUUUCGCUCAAAUUCCGAAUCCCGAGAGUAGCCUUCCAGACCCUAUAUACAGCUAACAAUAAAGGUGCUCAGUUUAAAAAUUCACCACUUUUUCACUUAUUCUUCCACAGGGCGUAAUGAGGGUACGAAAGCGAGUCACCUUGAUGGUUAUCACUGUUAGUGUCAUCUUUGGAGUAUGCUGGCUUGCUGACACGAUUAGCUUCAUCCUAACCACUUUUUCCUCUCACUAUACCAGCAGUGAUAUGACAUAUAUAGCCACUGGCACGUUGAUCUUGUUCAACUCGGCUAUUAACCCAAUUGUGUAUGCUUUAGUUAACCAGAAAUUCAGGGCCAAGAUCAAGUCAACUGUCAGCUGCCCUUGCAGUAUGACCCGACAACUGCAAUUAACGAACGUUCGAGUAGGAUGUAAAGCUGAGGCCUUCGAACACUCACCUUAUUUGGCAGCAGUUAUCAGGAUUCCGGAAAACAAAGUUUCCAAUGCCCGGGCACUGAGUGCAGAAUGUAUAGCCAUCUAA